CAAUCUCCGGCGGAGGCUGGGUGUCGCCUGACCGGAUGAUGACAGAAGUUUUCGGUCUAAUGUGGCUACUUUUAUCAUGCAAUCACCCAGUCAAUAACCUUACCAGUGCUCUGACCGCUAUCGGGACUCCUGACUCUAAACUGCGCAGUGUUUUUAUGAAAUAAACUCACAGAGACUACGACAGGCGGCAGUGCCAUCUGGAAACUUUUGGUUUGCUGGAAGAGCGACCCUUUGGCUCUUAUUUAACCAGGGAGGAAGACAGGACAGAGCCCUCUGGGCUGACCGAAGUGCCGCAAUGGGUAACCGGGGAAUGGAAGACCUCAUUCCCCUCAUCAACAAGCUCCAGGACGCCUUCAGCUCCAUCGGCCAGACCUGCAACUUGGACCUGCCGCAGAUAGCGGUCGUCGGCGGCCAGAGCGCAGGGAAGAGCUCCGUGCUGGAGAAUUUUGUCGGGAGGGACUUCUUGCCAAGAGGAUCUGGCAUCGUCACCCGUCGUCCUCUCAUCCUCCAGCUGGUUAACAGUAAAGCAGAGUAUGCAGAGUUCCUGCACUGUAAGGGCCGUAAGUUUGUAGACUUUGAAGAGGUCCGUCUGGAGAUUGAAGCCGAGACUGACCGGCUCACCGGAUCCAACAAGGGCAUCUCCCCCAUUCCCAUCAACCUCCGUGUCUACUCCCCUAAUGUGCUGAACCUGACCCUGAUUGACCUGCCAGGGAUGACCAAAGUGGCCGUGGGAGACCAACCCCACGAUAUCGAGCACCAGAUCAGGGACAUGCUGAUGCAGUUCAUCACGAAGGAGAGCUGUCUGGUCCUGGCUGUCACCCCGGCCAAUUCUGACCUGGCCAACUCCGAUGCCCUCAAGAUUGCCAAGGAAGUGGAUCCUCAGGGGCUGCGGACCAUUGGUGUGAUCACAAAGCUGGACCUGAUGGACGAGGGGACAGAUGCACGAGACAUCUUGGAAAACAAACUACUGCCACUCCGCAGAGGGUACAUCGGGGUGGUGAACCGCAGUCAAAAGGACAUUGAUGGGAAGAAAGACAUCCGUGUUGCUUUGGCUGCUGAGAGGAAGUUCUUCCUAUCUCACCCUGCAUACAGACACAUUGCUGAACGCAUGGGCACACCACACCUGCAGAAGUUGCUCAAUCAGCAACUCACCAACCACAUCCGUGACACAUUGCCAGGGUUGCGCAGUAAGCUGCAGAGCCAGCUGUUAUCACUGGAGAAGGAGGUGGAAGAGUACAAGAACUUUCGCCCUGACGACCCCACACGCAAGACGAAGGCCUUACUCCAGAUGGUGCAGCAGUUUGGCGUGGACUUUGAGAAGUGCAUUGAGGGGUCUGGUGACCAGGUAGACACCUCAAACUUGUCUGGUGGAGCAAAGAUCAACCGCAUCUUUCAUGAGCGCUUUCCCUUCGAGCUGGUGAAGAUGGAGUUUGAUGAGAAGGAGCUGAGGAAAGAGAUCAGCUACGCCAUCAAGAACAUCCACGGAGUCAGGACAGGCCUGUUCACCCCAGACCUGGCGUUUGAGGCCAUAGUGAAAAAGCAGAUCAUUAAGCUGAAAGACCCAUGUCUGAAAUGUGUCGACCUCGUUGUCACCGAGCUUGUCACCCUGAUCAGGAAGUGCACUGAAAAGCUGGGAUCGUACCCUCGACUGAGAGAAGAGACGGAGAGAAUCGUCACCACCUAUGUCAGAGAGAGAGACAGCAAGACCAAAGACCAGGUGCUGCUGUUGAUUGACAUUGAGCUGUCCUACAUCAACACUAACCAUGAGGACUUCAUUGGAUUUGCCAAUGCCCAGCAACGGACUGCUGCUAACGCCACCAAGAAGAGAGUCAUGCCCAAUCAGGUGAUCCGCAGAGGCUGGCUCACUAUCAACAUCAGUAUCAUGAAGGGAGGAUCCAAGGACUACUGGUUUGUCCUGACUGCUGAGUCUCUCUCCUGGUACAAAGAUGAAGAGGAGAAAGAGAAGAAGUACAUGCUGCCUCUGGACAACCUGAAGCUGAGAGAUGUGGAGAAGGGCUUCAUGUCCAGCAAACACGUCUUUGCCAUCUUCAAUACUGAACAGAGGAAUGUGUAUAAAGACCUGCGUCAGAUUGAGCUGGCCUGUGACACUCAGGAGGACGUCGACAGCUGGAAGGCUUCGUUCCUCAGAGCUGGUGUAUACCCAGAAAAAGACCAGCCGGAGAGCGAAGAUGCGAUGAAUCCUAGCGACACAGUGUCCAUGGACCCGCAGCUGGAACGGCAGGUGGAGACCAUCCGCAACCUCGUGGACUCAUACAUUGGCAUCGUCAACAAGUCCAUCAGAGACCUCAUGCCCAAGACUAUCAUGCACCUCAUGAUCAACAGUGCGAAGGACUUCAUCCACUCUGAGCUGCUGGCCUACCUAUACUCUGCCGGGGACCAGGGCAGUUUGAUGGAGGAGUCACCAGAACAGGCUCAGAGGAGAGAUGAGAUGUUGAGGAUGUAUCAUGCUCUGAAAGAGGCCCUGGUCCUCAUAGGAGACAUCAGCACCACCACUAUUUCUACCCCAGUGCCUCCACCAGUAGAUGAUGGAUGGAUUGCCAAGGAUCCAAGUCCUCCACCGGCGUCCCGUGCUGCCUCAGCGACAGCUCCCGCUCCCAGCCGACCCCCAGCAGUAAGGGGGCCCACCCCGGGACCUCCACCACCCCUCAACCCCUCACCGGCAUUCGGAGCACCUCCCGUACCGUCUCGCCCCGGCCCCGGCCAAACGGCUUACGCAGGUGAUCCCAACUCUGCAGCUGUGCCUCUUGUCCCCUCCAGGCCGGCUCGUGUGCCUCCUGCACUGCCACCUGGGAUUCCCAGCAGAAGACCCCCGGCUGCUCCCAACCGACCCACUGUCAUACGUCCGUCAGAGCCCUCCCUGCUUGACUAGAAACACACAUAAAAACACCUUUCCUCUUGUUUACAUAAGAGAUAGCCAUUCUUUUUCUCCUCAUGUAUACUCGUAUAACUACAAACUUUGUCCUACUGUAAUUGGUAAUCUGAUGCUGUUUCAGUCUGUGCAUUUCAGAAGCAUUAUGUAUGUAAUUUUGACUUUAUGUGUAGGUAGCUUUUUUAACAAAGUAUAUGGUGAAAUAUUCUGCAUUCCGUAUUAUGAAAAGGGAUAAAUUUGAUAACUUUAAUGACUUAAAGUUUAUGAACCUUAUGAUCAUCUUGAAUUUUACUUGUUUCAUUUGAAAUGAAAUGUGUCUUAAAACAGUAUUUGACUCAUAACUUUUAUAUAAUGGUAAGAAAACACUUUUAGAAGUAAUUGUUUAAGGAGUUGUAUACUUGCUAACAUUUUGACAGUAAAUUUACACACUAAGCACCUCAGUAAGUAAGCAGCAUUUUUUUGACCGUUUUCUCUUCAUUUUUAGUAUUUUCACAUUAUAAAGGUCAGGCUUGAAUUAGCUUAUUAAAAAUAGACUAGCCAAUGCCUCAAUAUUUUGGCUAAUUACUUUAUCACAAGUAGUACUAUAGAAUAAUUGAGUUGAGUUACCUCCCAACCACUGCUCAGCCUUGGUGAAAUUUGUAUCCAUAUUCCUUGAUCAAAAAUGAUUUUGUAAUUACUUCUUAUCAGCUUAAAAAGCCAUAAUGACAAAAAGGAUCAAGUAAGGAAAGGGCCUCUCUUUCGGAAGGUGUAUAAAGUGAUGGACUGAAUAAAAGUAGAAAAAGAAGGUGUGGUGGCUGGUGCUUGUUCUUGGUGUUUGACAUCCUUUGCUCCAUUUCAUUUGUCAUUCACCAUCAAGCCUUUCUUUGUUUUUGUUUUUUUGUUUUUUUUUUGAUCCCUUGUUGCAUCUUUCAUUCGAUCUGCUGUUUCGAUGCACGUGUCAGUAAACAUGUAGUACAUGGACUUCCUGUUACUGGGUGGCACUAUGAACAUACAAUUCAGUGAGUAGCACACAGUCCAGGUCAAGACCUAGUGACUUGCAUGAUAGUCAAAUGGAGACAGCCAUGCAGAACAAGAACAUUUCACUUUAGUGUGUGCAGCCUGGCAUGACUUUCCUGCCUUCCUUCCCUACUGUAUGAUGGAGCUGUGGGUUACCACGGUAACCGGGGUUGCCAGUGGCAACGAACAGUAAAGAUAGCUUUUUGUAGAGACAAGCAGGAAUGAAUAAAGGUAUGCAAUCGCA